AGGAACAUGAUGCUUUCACUGGCGCUGAUUUUUGUUACCGAUGGGGCAAUGUUUUGAAAAUGACUUUAAACAUGGCGACCUUCAUUAUAGAGGCGUGAAACUCAUAAUCCCAUUUUUAAAAAUUGUCUAUUUGAAUCAUAUCUAUACGCAAAAUGGGCUUAGUCAGACACGUGGUGUGUGCCAUGUCUGGAGGGGUUGACAGUUCCGUCAGUGCGUUGUUACUUAAAAGAAUGGGCUAUCACGUGACUGGAGUGUUCAUGAAGAACUGGGAUUCUCAUGAUGAGAAAGGAGUCUGUUCCUCAGAGACAGACUGUGAAGAUGCUUAUAAAGUGUGUAAGAUGCUAGACAUGCCUUUCCACCAGGUGUCAUAUGUUAAAGAAUACUGGCAUGAAGUGUUCAGUAAUUUACUUAAGGAAUAUGAGAGCGGCAGAACACCCAAUCCAGACAUAAUGUGUAACAAACACAUCAAGUUCAAGCACUUUUAUCAGUAUGCUGUUAACACUUUAGGUGCUGACGCCAUGGCGACAGGACACUAUGCACGGACAUCCCAAGAAGACAAGGAGGUUUUCCAACAGAAGUACGCUCCACCUCGUCGAACCCUCUUCAGAGAUCGAUUUGAAAUCAGAAAACCGGUACGGCUAUAUCAGGGAGCUGAUCUCUUGAAGGACCAAACCUUCUUCCUUAGUCAGAUCUCCCAGGAUGCUUUGCGACGCACAUUAUUCCCCUUGUCUGGACUAACCAAAGACUUUGUAAAGAAGAUAGCAGCUGAGGCCGGCUUUCAGCAUGUUUUAAAGAAGAAAGAGAGCAUGGGGAUUUGUUUCAUUGGAGAAAGAAACUUUGAGCAGUUUAUCCUUGAGUAUUUAGAGCCCAAACCUGGAAAUUAUGUCUCUAUUGAAGAUGGAAAGAUAAUGGGGCAGCAUAAAGGUUGGUUUACAUUAACACUGGGGCAGAGGGCUAGAAUAGGAGGUCAAAAAGACCCUUGGUUUGUGGUUGAUAAAGACAUCACAACUAGUGAGGUAUUUGUGGGACCAACAACUAACCACCCAGCACUGUUACGAGACACAUUAAAGACAGACCGCUUCCACUGGAUAGCCGAAGAGCCACCUGUUGAACUUAUUCGCACUCAAAUGAUGGAAUGUCACUUCCGUUAUAAUAACCGGAUGCCUUUAACUCCAUGCACUGUGACUUUAAAUCUAGAUGGGUCAUUGUGGAUAAUUGUUAAACAGCCAAUGAGAGCAAUGACACCUGGUCAGUUUGCUGUGUUGUAUAAAGGAGAUGAGUGUUUAGGCAGUGGGAAGAUAAUCCUUCUAGGACCUACAAAAUUCACUCUUCAGAAAGGUCAAAACUGCAUGAACUGUACAUCUAACGACACAAGUCAUCAUAAGCUGGAGCCAAUCAGCUGAGACCCAUCUGUGUCAUAUUGAAACACUUCCGGUGGGGAACUACUAAAUAACACCAAGAUCUUUACAUGCAUGUGCUGUUCAAAGACAAAUCCAACGUCUAAGACUUUGGAGAUGCAAAGGCCUUGAUUGUUUCUGCUGAAAUACAGAAGCAUUGGAUGUUUUGGAUUGUAUACAGAAGCAUUGGGUUUUUUAACUAUAAUUUUUAUGUAAUUGAAAUGAAAAUAUAUUUGUUUAAUAUAAAGAAAAUUUUACGGA